CAGGAGGCCAAUUUGAAAAAGGCAAAACUUUUGCAUUUCAACUCAAUCAAGAAAAGAAUGGGCUUGGACAGGAUGAGGUACUUUGCAGUUGGAGCAGCUCCUGUGAGUGCAGCCCUUGUGGAGUACUUUCUCAGCUUUGACAUCCAACUGUUUCAAGAGUAUGGGAUGACAGAGUGUGGACCAACAAACAUAGAGACUCCAACUCUCUUUGGAAUUGGAAGUUGUGGAGGAGUUGUGAAAGGAUUCAAUGUUGUUGUGGAACCUUGUGGUGAUGGUGGAACUGAAGGAGAGGUGAUGUUUGAUGGAAGAAUCAGAUUCAUGGGCUAUGCCAAAGACCCAGAGAGAACCUCUGAGAUGAUUGAUGACUUGGGAAGAAUUAAAAGUGGAGACUUGGGGUUCUUUGACCCUCAGGGAAGGCUUUGGAUCACUGGGAGGAUUAAGGACUUGAUUGUCACUUGUGGGGGCAAAAAGAUUUCUCCAAGCCCAAUUGAACAGAAGUUGAAGAGACUAUUGAACCCUGCCAUCACUAGUGUCAUUGUUGUUGGGGAGUCCAGAAAGUUCAUUUCUGCUCUGUUUGGCCUCAAGGCACUGGUGGAUCCUAAUACAAAUUUGCCAACUGAUGAACUGUCCCCUGAAGCCUUGCAGUGGCUGGAAGUGAUUGGAUCCCCCUGCAAAACUGUCUCUCAAGUGAUUGCUACUGAAGAUCCAGCA